AUGGCAUCUGAUGAAAAAAUUUGGAUAAAUUCGACAUUUUGGCAAGCUAUGAGCAAAAACAGCUUCAGUGUUGUCCAUCAGGUUAACGAAGAAGCACCGGAAGAGACACAAGAUCCUUGUCAAACCAGUCCUUUACGGCGCCAGAUAGGACUCACAUCAGCCGUGUUUCUCAUUUUCAAUUGCAUGAUCGGUACCGGAAUCUUUGUUACACCCAGUAAAAUCUUAGCGCUGUCCGGCAGUGUAGGGUUGAGCUUGUUCCUAUGGGUUGUCGGAGCGAUCAUCACUGCUGCGGGCAUGGCGGUAUACAUGGAAUUUGGAACUGGCAUUCCUCGAAACGGCGGGGAGAAGAACUACUUGGAAUUUGUAUACCGCAAGCCACAGUUCCUCACAUCGUGCUUGUAUUCAGCCUACGUGGUUUUGCUAGGCUGCUCGGCAGCAAGCUCGGUGGUCUUUGGGGAGUACGUCUUGAACGCAGCGCAGGUGGAGGUAACCCGCUGGAACCAGCGAAUUAUCGGACUUGUUUGCAUUACAUGUGCGCUUCUAAUCCACGGCCUGGCGCUGAAGUGGGGAUUGUGGUUGCAGAACAUUCUGGGUCUGAUCAAAUUCCUUAUCAUUUGCUUAAUUGUUGUUUCCGGCUCGGCCGCACUUGCGGGCGUACUCAAAGUCGACAGGCCUAACAACUUUAAGAACGCAUUUGAAGGAACCACAUCGAGUGCGUACGGGGUGGUCACCGCUCUGUACAAUGUCGUAUACAGCUUCUUCGGGUACAAGAGCGCCAAUGCUGCAUUGAGCGAGACGAACAAUCCCAUAAGAACAUUGAAGAUCGCCGCUCCUCUAGCGCUAGGCGUCCUCUCUACUUUGUACAUAUUGACUAAUGUUGCGUAUUUCGCCGCAGUCCCAAAGGAAGAAAUAGUUUCCUCCGGCCGUGUGGUAGCGGCGUCAUUCUUUCGGAAUGUCUUUGGCCCUCAUGCCGAAAGAGCACUCUCCGUUUUCAUCGCGCUGUCAGCGUUUGGCAAUGUCCUGAGUAUCAUGUUCUCACAAAGCCGCGUGAUCCAAGAACUUGGCCGGGAGGGAACCGUUCCGUUCUCUGGAUUCUUGGCGAGCAAUAAACCUUUCAACGCGCCUCUGGCGGCUCUAUUCGAACACUGGGUGAUAUCUGUCAUUAUCAUGCUAGUACCCCCCCCGGGCGAUGCAUUUAACUUGAUCCUUCAUGUAGUCUCCUAUCCCCUCAUCAUAAUCAACGCCUUCGUUGCCCUCGCCCUCAUCCACAUCUACUUCAACCGCACCAAAUACAACUGGAACCCACCUUACUCCGCGUCGCUGCCGGUAGUAAUCUUCUUCCUCAUCAGCAACAUAUAUCUCGCCAUUUGCCCCUUCGUGCCCCCACCGACAAAUGAGAAAGCCUACGGAGGACUCCCUUACUACUUCCACUGUGUCUUGGCCAUUGGGGUUGCGUUCAUCGGUGGCAUCUACUGGCUCAUCUGGGCGAAAUUGAUGCCGUGGCUGGGCAAGUAUCAACUGGAGUCGGAGGUAUUGGUGGUAGAGGAUGGGUGGUCGAGGAAUGUGAUUAAGCGGAAGUAUGCUACCUGA